AUGGCCGCCGCCGUCCUGCACGUGCUGCGGUGGUUCCCCGGAGGCGAGGCCAUCGCCAGGGCCAAGCACUCCUUCCUCUCCUGCUCCGACGCCGAGGGCGGUUACGAGGACCGCAUCAGCGCCCUCCACGACCACCUCCUCCACCACAUCCUGUCCCGCCUCCCCGCCAAGGACGCCGCCCGCACCGCCGCGCUCGCCUCCCGCUGGCGCCACCUAUGGCGCUCCACGCCGCUCGUCUUCCACGACCACCACCUCCUCCCGUCCCGCGACCGCGCCCACGUCGCCGCCGUCGCCCGCGUCCUCGCCGCCCACCCGGGCCCCUUCCGCACCGUCAGUAUCGGCUACUGCGACUUCGGCUGCCACGACCGCGAGCUCGCCGAGUGGCCGCGACUCCUCGCCGCCAAGGGCGUCCAGGACCUCGCCCUCGUCAACAUGCCCGCCGACUUCGAGCGCCUCCCUGCCGUCCCGGCCGACGUCCUCCGCUGCGACACCUUCCGCCGCCUCCUCCUGGGCUUCUGGAAGUUCCCCAACGCUGGCGCCGAUCUACCCGCUGGUGGCGCGGACGGGUUCCCGCACCUCUGGGAGCUCAUCAUGUUCGGCAACGAGAUGCCCGGCGGCCGUGACCUCGACCACCUGCUCGCCCGCUGCCCCGUUCUUCACACCUUCGCCGUCUCUCUCAGCAAGAUGUUCCAGCGCGUCCACCUCCGCAACCAGAGCUUCAGGUGCGUGCUCCUCUGGCAUUGCUUCGUGGAGGAGGUCGCCGUCAUGGACUCCCCGCUCCUGGAGCGCCUCAUUCUGUGGGAAAUCGUUGUCGGCGAAGACUUCUCGGUGCCUGUGAGGGUAAAGAUUGCUGCUGGCGUGCCCAAGCUGCAGGUGCUCGGCUACCUGGAGCCAAGACUUCACCAGCUGCAGAUUGGGGACAUUGUCAUCAAGCCUGACACCAUGGCGAGCCCCAGCACCAUGGUUCCAAGCGUCAAGAUACUGGCCUUGAAGGUCAACUUUGGUGUCUUGAAGGAGGUCAAGAUGCUGGCCAGCAUCCUCAGAUGCUUUCCCAAUGUUGACACCCUGCACAUCGAGUCUGUCAUCGGUGCCGAUGGACCCACUGGAAAGCACAAUGCCAAGUUCUGGCGAGGUCUCUGUCUUCCCAUCAAAUGUGUCACAUCGCGAGUCAAGAAGAUGUUCAUCCAUGAAUUCCAUGGGCACCGGAGCGAGAUUGAAUUCCUCAAGUUCGCUGCAAGGAGUGCAGAGAAGCUGGGCGCUUUGCUCGUCGGUGUCACUGAGGAGAUACAAGCUUCAGCGCGUAAGUUGAGUGAGGCGACUGCCAAAGUGGCGGCUGUAUCACGAACAUGGGCCUGCGGCGAGUGUAUCGUUCUGGUGUUGGGGCCUAGAGUGGACGACGUUUGGAGCUUUCGCAAAGCAUCAGAUCUCUCUGUCAAGGACCCUUUCCACUGACGUGCACACUUGAAGCUCGGUACAAUGUAUGUACUCUUCUGGGCGCUGGACACUCCUUCACUUUGUAUGCUCUUAACAGAGGGCUAAUUCAGGUAGCUUGAGUAGCUGCAAAUGUUGAAUUU